GUGGCUUCUAGCUUGGCAUUCUUGGCAAUGUGGUAGUGAUUUUCAAUUCAAAACAAAAUAAGUGGAUUUUGUUAAAAGAUAUUUUUUACGUUAAACAAGGUAGACCUACCUAUAUAUCUAAGUCCUAAAAGUAACUUAGGUACUAUUUUACAUCACUGAUAAGAAUCCUGAGACACAUUAAAAUGGAAUUUGGAGAUUGCCAAGAUAAUGAACAAAAUCCUGUUUUACUAUUUCAACCUUUUGCAUCAAAGCAAAUUUUGCUACCAGAUGAAGUCAACUGCAUGUUUGUUAAAACACUUCUCAGGAUGUGCAAAGUGAACUAUGAAGUGAAAGAAACAUUGAAUGCUGAAGAUAUGUCACCUUCAAGUACUAUAGGAAAAGUUCCAUUUCUUAAGUGUGGUACUAUUCUAGUAUCAGAGCUGGAAACGAUAACAAGAUUCUUUCAGGGAACAUCACCGUCAAGACACUUGGACGUUUCCUCACUCAAUGACAUGAAGGUGUACACUUCUCUGUUGACAAAGCUCUUUAAUGCUGAGCUGUACCUAUGCUGGAUGGAUGAAAGAAUCUUCACAACUUACACCAAGGUGAGGAGUGGCUUCAAGCGGCCUUUUCCUCUAGACUGGGUGCUCACCUCACGGAAGUAUAAGCAAGUCUCCAAAUAUCUCGACCGCUUUCAUUUAACCACCGGAGAGGCGGUUUUUCAAGUGGAUAAAUGCUGCAAAACACUUUCAACUAGACUUGGCUACGAAAAGUAUUUCUUCAGAGACCAGGCUACAGAGUUGGAUGCGUUGGUUUUUGCUCAUGUCCACACAAUUCUGUCCUCCACUCCUACCUUCAGUAAGAUUGCUGAUGUCGUCAAAACCUACCCCAAUCUUGUUGACCACUCGUUAAGAAUUCAUGAAGAAUUUUUUAGUGGAGCCAAUACCAAUACCACCUCACUCAAAGUUGUUACAAAACUGAUUUGAAAUUUCUAAUAAACAACCAAAUACUCGUUGUUA